GGCGCACGGAAGAAGUCGUCCCGGGGAGAACGAGGGGCAGAAGCUUGGCAGUGUUCGUUGAGUCUGGGCGGGACGGGGUAGAGCGUAUAUCCGCCGCGCAGCGCAGUCGGCUGCCUCUCUUCGCUGCGGCCGCCUGAUCGCUUUCUCUCGGACAGCUGGAUUGAAAGUGAACCACAAUGGCAGCGGUCACAUCUGAUAGUCCUCCAAACCCAAGCUGCAAAAUCAUGACUUUUAGGCCUUCAAUGGAAGAAUUCAGGGAGUUCAACAAAUACUUAGCAUACAUGGAAUCACAAGGUGCUCAUAGGGCCGGAGUUGCAAAGGUCAUCCCACCAAAGGAAUGGAAGCCAAGAAAACAUUAUGAUGAUAUUGAAGAUUUGGUGAUUCCUGCUCCAAUUCAGCAGAUGGUCACUGGCCAGUCCGGGCUCUUCACACAAUAUAACAUUCAGAAAAAGCCAAUGACAGUGAAAGAAUUCAAGCAGCUGGCCAACAGUGACAAAUACUGCACCCCAAGAUACAUAGAUUAUGAAGAUCUGGAGCGUAAAUACUGGAAGAACUUGACUUUUGUGGCACCAAUUUAUGGAGCAGAUAUCAAUGGGAGCAUUUAUGAUAAAGGUAUUGAGGAAUGGAAUAUUGCUCAUCUUAAUACAAUAUUGGAUGUUGUAGGCGAAGACUGUGGAAUUUCUAUUGAGGGUGUAAAUACCCCAUAUCUGUAUUUUGGCAUGUGGAAAACAACGUUUGCAUGGCACACUGAAGAUAUGGAUCUCUACAGCAUUAAUUAUCUCCAUUUUGGGGAGCCGAAGUCAUGGUAUGCAAUUCCUCCAGAACAUGGGAAACGGCUUGAACGACUGGCUCAAGGAUUCUUCCCAAGCAGCUCUCAUGGAUGUAAUGCUUUUCUUCGCCACAAGAUGACUCUGAUUUCUCCCUCAAUACUGAAAAAGUACGGAAUUCCUUUUGACAAGGUUACACAAGAGGCAGGGGAAUUCAUGAUCACUUUCCCGUAUGGAUAUCAUGCAGGCUUUAACCAUGGCUUCAACUGUGCAGAGUCAACAAACUUUGCAACCAUCAGAUGGAUUGAUUAUGGAAAAGCAGCAAAGUUGUGCACCUGCAGGAAAGACAUGGUGACAAUAUCCAUGGAUGUUUUUGUGAGGAAGUUUCAGCCAGACAGAUACCAGCUGUGGAAACAAGGCAAAGAUUUAUAUACCAUUGAUCAUACGAAGCCCACGCCUGAAUCAACACCUGAAGUAAGGAUGUGGCUGCAAAGAAGAAAGAAAAUAAGAAAACUUUCUGAGAGCUUCCAGCACAACAGAUCUCGAUCUAAAAAGCUUAAAACUCCAGGGGACAAGAGACAAUCUGCUGUGGCAACUGGUGCAGAAAUCAAAGAGACUGAAGCAACUACUGAUGGCUUCAAGGUCAAUGAAAAACCAGAAGAAAAAGUGAGACCGCUAAAUACAGAAGUGCCUUCUGGGGAAGAAGAAAGCAGUAGUAGAAUGCAGCUGGAUCAACAUUUGCUGGAUAAUGUCAAGGUUGCAGGAAGCAUCCUUUCAGACUCGUUUUCCUGUCCUGUUCCUUUACGAGUGGAACCAAAAGCUGAUGAGGACAAGGAAGAUUCCAGUGACUCUCUCAUUAUAUUUGAAGAUCCAGGUUCCUGUGUGCCCACUUCAAGAAGCUGUAAGAAAGAAGAGAGUUUGAAAACUCAGCAUAAGUCUAAAUCAUCCGUACCAUACCUGAAGUGCCAGCAACGUAAUUCUGAGGCAGAAAGCCCAGCUAAAAAGGUGAAUGUCUCUACAGAGGAUGAUGUCAGCGACCUGGAAAGUGGAAAUAGGGUGGGACAUGGUGAAGUGCCAGUUGUAAAAAGGAAUGAAGAUGAUGACAUGGAAACAUCCAAUUCAUCAGAAGCUGAAGGAAAGAAAGUAUCUAAGAGCUGGCGUCAUCCACUAAAUAAACCCCCAGCUAGAUCUCCAAUGACUUUGGUUAAACAGCAAGCAACUAGUGAUGAAGAACUGCCUGAAACUGCAUUUGCUGAAGAGGAAGUUCAAGAGACAGAGACAUGGGCCAGGCCUCUGGUCCACCUUUGGCAGACAAGAACACCUAAUUUCAAUGCAGAAAAAGAAUACAAUGCAUGUUGUGCAAAAAAGGAACCCCACUGUGCUAUUUGCACUCUUCUUAUGCCAUACUACAAGCCAGACAAUCUUGAUGAAGAAAAUUCUACUUACAAGGAAACAAACUUAGAAGAAACACUGGCGAUUGAAAAUGAGAAGUCUAGACCUCUUAUUCCAGAGAUGUGUUUUAUUUAUAGUGAAGAAAACACUGAAAACUAUCCAUCAAAUGCCUUAAUUGAUGAAGAUGGAACAAGUCUUCUUAUUUCCUGUGCAAAGUGUUGUGUACGAGUUCAUGCAAGUUGCUAUGGUGUUCCUUCUCAUGAAAUCCAUAAUGAAUGGUUGUGUUCUCGAUGCAAAACAGAAGCGUGGACAGCUGAAUGUUGUCUCUGCAAUUUGAGAGGUGGUGCAUUAAAGCAAACUACUGACAAGAAGUGGGCUCAUGUAAUGUGUGCAAUUGCCGUUCCAGAAGUUAGAUUUGGUAAUGUUACGGAGCGUACACCGAUAGACACUAGCAGAAUACCUUUACAAAGAUUAAAAUUGUUUUUGAAGCCUCUUUCAGAACAAAAUGACAUUGAAAUGCUACAGAUUGUCUUUAGCUACACAUACCCUUUCCAUCUCUUGCAAGUUCCCGAACAUUUAGAAGUUCACUGCUUGCUUUUAAGUAAGAGUUAAUGUAUUUGGUUGGAAUUAAUAUUCUGAUGAAGGAACUCAGUUGGAUACAGAAAAAAUAGAGGUGGGGUGUAAUAGCCAUCGAUGUAGUACUGCCCCAUGUAGUGAGUGGAUGGCCUUACUGUGAGGAAGGGAAGCACUGUAAUCCUGGAUUCUCUCAUUAAACCUUACUUUUCCAAAACGUCAUUUCAGACAUUGAAUUUAUAAUGAAAUAGCUAGGCUUGUUCUAGUUUAAGGGAAGUAUGCAGUUUGACAAUCUCUCAAAGGCCCUAUAAUGAUUUAAUGUCAAUAAAUCUAUAAAUUUCUGUUCCUUGGUUAAAGGAGCAGAGAAAAAUCUGCUCUGAAAAACACCAGUAGUCUGAGUCUGUUUUUAAGUUACAGCAAAUUUCCUGAAUAACACUGUAGGUUUUUUUUUUUUUUUUUUUAAUAAUAGAUAUUUAGUGGAAUUACAUGGCUAUUUCAUAUUUUCUCAAAAUAUUUUAAAGCCCCAUGUAUUAGAUUUUUUUUGUAAAUUAUUUUUUCUAUUUCCUUAAACACAGGGUUUAUAUUUCUCUGCUACUGUCAGUAACACUGAAUAAGUCAAAUGUGAUUGUUGUAUUAGUCUUCCUAACUAUUGAUUCUGCAGAAUAACAUUUAUGCUCUCAUACCCACUGACUUCAGGGUUUUUGCCUUGGAGAACCCUAAGCAUGGUAUUAUAAUAGCUUUCAGAAUCUGUAAGCAAUUGAUUCAAGCCAGUUUUGCCUUUAAAAUUGCAGGGCUUGCCAGUAACACUCUUAAGCACCCAAUUCCUCUUCCAUUUCUGUCCAAUUUUUUAGGUUACGGGUAUGUUUUUUCGCCAUUCUCCACCAUUCAGCACUAUUGUUGUGCACAUUGUUUGCUCAUAUUGAGUAGUCAUUAGUAAUAUAUGUUUUUAAAACUUUAUUUUGUGGACUAUCUUUAAAAUGUUAUUUAUAUUAAAGCCUGGGAUAGCUAAUAGUUACGGUUUGUCCUAUUAUGUUUAGUUGCUGUCCUGUGUGUUCCGUUGCUUUUUUAAUAUGUGCAGAAAACAUCAGAAAACAAGUAUAGAAGGAUAUAGUACAUUCUAGGGUGCAGCCAAAUAAAAUCUACAUGUUACAAUGUGAGAAUGAAUAGUUCUAAUUGUUUUAAAUAUUGUAAAUCUGUCUGCUUCUUUCUGUACCCCUUCCUCCAUUCACUCAUUACUUUCCCUUUUCUCUCCUUCCUGUCUCUUUCUCUGAAAUAAUAAGGAAAGCAAAUAAGCAGAGCAUCUAUUGUUUUCAGAAAUCUUUAGAGACUGGGCUCACAUUUUCUUUAAUGUAGCAUCUACAGAAGAAUAUAAAAGGAAAUAAAAAGUCAGUGUUUGCUUUUUGACAAAUUAAAGAACAUCUGUGCAAAUGGAAACAUAUUGGUAGGUUAUUUUUAUUGCCUAGUUGAUAUGUGUACUGAUUGCUGUUAAAUAGUUUUAAUUCACUAGACAUUUUUGGGUUGAAAUCAAUGUGUUUUCUGUAAGUCUUUCUAUUAUUAAAUAUUGUAUAUUAAUUUCUUUCAGAGUAAAUUCUAUAUUUGUAUUUUGCAUACAGUAGUUCAUAACUACCAUGUUGUUUUAUACAAUUUAAUGUUUGCAAAUUUUUGUUUUAUAGAAUGCCAAAAUGUUUUUAUACUUACCUGUUUUUUUUUAGUGGGUUACAUAUCAUGUUCUGUCGUUGUUGAAAAUUCCUGACACGCUGAAGUGUUCAUGAAAUGCUAUAUCUCUUGAAAAUGAUUAUUUUGUCAAUGAAAAUAGUCUAAAUCAAUACUUGAUAGAAGAUUUUGUUGUUGUGUUUUUUGUUAAGAAAAAAAAAGUAUGGUACAUACCUGUUGUGUUGAAAUAAAACAGGUUGUAUCAUGCUUUGUAGUUUUGAGCUGUAUUUCCCUGACACUGGUGGAAUCUAGAUAACUUUAGCGUGGAAGCAAGGCCUCCCACUCAAUUUCAGUGUAGAGGGAAACUCAUGAGGGUGUUAUACAUCUUCUCUGUAUUUUCCUCUGGCAGUAACUUUUCUCUGUUUUUGAAAGUUAGUGAAUGGGAAAGUGAGAUUGUCCUGAUCUCACAGUCAGGCCUGGGUCAGGCCUUUAUAUUCAGUCUGGACGGUCAUAUCCAGCAGGCAUUUGAGUUCCAUUAACUGUGUGAAAUUAAAAAUUGUGAUUAUUAAACUAGGAAGCAAGUAUUUUGGAUUUAAAAUUCAGGGGCUUAUACUCAAGUUCUAAGAUGAAAUGGCUGGAAGACAUACCUCACCACAACAUAAAUUUUAAAACAAUGUAUGGAAACUGCUCUGCAAACACUUUGAAUCAAAAAUCAUGUAGGUUCAAGAUCAUCAGGUUCUACUGUCAGUGUGUCCUACCAAGUUCCCAGCACUAAACCGUGUCCCUUAGUGCUGUGUCUGCAUGUGCCUUAAAUACCUGCAGGUAUGGCAGCUCCACUGCUUCCCUGGGCAGUCUGUUCUGAUGCUUGACUGCUCUCUCUGUGAGGAAAGUCCCAUCUAAACGUCUUUUGGUAUGAUUUGAGACCAUUUCCUCAUGUUCUAUCACUUGUCAACUGC